AUGACUGGACCGAAACACCUAGAGUCAGAGAAUGGCGGAAGAGGCGCUCUUGUGGUAUUGGAAGGUUGUGAUCAUAGCGGCAAAUCGACACAAUGUAAACGAUUGGUGGAGUGUUUACAGCAAAAGAAUAUACCCGUUAAGCCAUUCCGAUUUCCAGACAGAAGGACAUCUAUUGGUCAAAUGAUUAAUGGUUACCUUGGUAACAAGCAGGAUAUUGAGGACCAUGCAGUUCACUUGCUUUUCUCGGCCAACAGAUGGGAACUGGUUCCCCGCAUGAAGACCCUGUUGGAGGAAGGGACCACACUGAUCGUGGACAGAUAUGCAUUCUCAGGGGUUGCCUUUACUGCUGCAAAGCAGGGCUUUACGAUAGACUGGUGUAAGCAGCCAGACAUUGGCUUGCCGCGUCCUGAUCUCGUUCUCUUCCUCAACCUGAGUGCUGAUGCUGCCGCCAAGCGGGGAACGUUUGGCAACGAGAGGUACGAACAGACAGACUUCCAGGUCAAGGUCGCAAACAACUUCUUACAACUGAAGGAACCCUACUGGCAGGAAAUUGAUGCAGACAAACCAGAAAAUGUCCUGACAACAGAGCUGGAAGACAUCCUGUUGAACACAAUUUCCAAUGUUGGGGACAAGCCGCUGAAGAAGCUGUGGUGUGACUAAAGCUACAGUAUGUAAGCAGACAGGGAGAUAGAUUUAGUUCCCUUAACACUGUGAUUCUUUGUAUUUAGGAUUUAAUUUAUGCCCAGGAGUUACUACUGUGUUCAACUACUGUGUUCAACAACUGUGUUCAACUACUGUGUUCAACUACUGUGUUCAACAACUGUGUUCAACUACUGUGUUCAACAACUGUGUUCAACUACUGUGUUCAUUAGCACUGUGUUCAAAUCUUGUUCUGAUAUCAAAUAAGGUAUUAUAUUCCAUGAUAAGUGCAAGAUUUUUUCAGUAAUAUAGUGUUAGUACAUGUACAUGUAUCUUACAAAAUUUCCUUAUUGGCCAAAAGAAAAAAGAACUAUUUUCCAGCAUGUUAUUGAAAGAGAACAAAAUCGUAACUUUGGACCAAUCACACACAUUUGAAAAUGGAUACCUCUGAAUGUGCGUAUGGACUAUUGUGAAGAACUUCAAAAAGCUUGGGUGAACAGAUCUUAAAAAGAGAUAAUUUCAGUUAUUUAAUACUUUUUCUACCUUCAGAGGUCACGGUAGCUCAGUGGUUGAGCAUUUGUAAAAUCAAGCCCAGCUUGUGCCAUGGCUGCAUCAAACUCGAGAUGUAAACAGGAAUGAUUUAAGGUAACUCCAUGCUCGCAGUUUUAUCUGAUACAAGUUUGAAAAAUGUAUUUAUUUCCAUUCAUUAGAGUUAAAACUAACAAAUUAUCAAAUAAAAUACAUAAUAUAUGUCAUCACACUUUUUAAGAUACGAGACGUACAUAAACAGAAUCAUAUAUCACCGUCAGAAAAUUGCAAUUUUCCUUAAACAGCGUUAUCAAAAUUUCAUACAAACUGAUUAUGACGAUAUAGUAGCAUUCAUAACAAUUUCAUGAAACUGUAUCUUCACAAAAAUAUACAAAAUGUCUGUAAAAAUAAAGGAAAUCUAUCGCAUAAUAGACUUGAUAAAGAAAUCAAUAGAAACAGAGUUAUUGCCCUUGGAUUCAAUAUUUUAAAACGUAUCAUUGAUUAUUCAUGUAUAACUUAGACUUUUAAAAUAGUUUAUUUUUAACAAGAUUUUUUACAAUAACUAUUGGAAAAGACUCCAACAAAAUUUAUGUUCCUAUCACGCAUAAAUGUAAAUAAAUCAUUGAUUUUGCAAAAUCUGAUGACAUCACAGGAGGGUGGAAUUACUUUAAAGGCGAGAAUCACGGGUCUUUCAGAUUUGCCUUAAAAACAAGAGGCCCCAUGUGAGGGCAGGUGUUGGCAUGAUAAAAAAACUCUCACUGCUAUGUCCCUGAGGACUAAGUAUAGGUCUAAAUUCAAGGUACUCCACCUACAGCGUGUAAUGUCUCAAUAUGAGUAAAAAAUUCUUGACAGGACAUAACAAACAAGCAACAUUCAAAGAUUGAAAAUUCCUUGCAAACUUUUUGUUUGUGUAAUGCUAUGUAAUAGUUUUUUAACAAAAAGGAUUCUUUUGUUGGUAUGACCUUGAAAACUAUGUCAAGGUCACAAUCAUUAAAAAAUUAGACUAGUUUGGAUUAUUUACAAAAAUUGGUUCUUCACUAGAUUGAUAGUUGACAUUCACAAUGAAUAUGUCUGUGUUCCAUGGAGCUGCAUUGUAUUACAGGAAAUGAAACCAAUGAUAGUCAUUUUAUGUCUUUAUUUAACAAUAUACUAGAUUAAUAAAAUAUUUUGUAUCUUG